GUGUGUAUGUGUGUCGCAUUGACAGAAGGCACUAUACGGAUACAAGCUAUUCUUACCGCGCCUCCAUAGCGCUUUGUGUUUCAAGUAGAAGCAGCAUGGAGUGACAUUUUGUGUCUGUUAGCGCUGAUAACCAUUAAAAUCCUGAUAUGAGCGAUUUGUGGUGACAUUAUAUUGUACUUUAGUACCAGAAUAAAGCGGUAAAGAUGCAGAAGCAGCAGGGAGUGCGGGUUUUACUGACGCUCUGGUUCUUCAUAGAGUGUAUAGAGGCGAAGAAGUACUGCUGGUAUUUUCAGGAAGGACUUCCCACCUACUUCAUAUGCCGUUCUUAUGAGGAUUGCUGUGGGACUCGCUGCUGUGUGAGAGCUCUCUCCAUCCAGAGACUCUGGUACUUCUGGCUGUUAUUGAUGAUGGGAGUGCUGUUUUGCUGUGGAGCUGGUUUUUUUAUACGACGACGUAUGUAUCCAUCUCCUCUAAGGGAAGAGCCUGCCUUUAAUGUAUCAUUCACCAGACACCCUGUGAGCACACCAGUCUCUCAACAGCCUGGCAUUCAGGGCUACGGUGACCCCAGCGUUGCCAUGACGAUGCCUAUGGCCCCUGCCUACCCUGGCCAACCCAGCACAGCCCACAUGAUGAGUUCAUACCCACCACCACCAUCCUACUGCAACCAUCCUCCUCCCUCAUACGAUCAGGUCUUCAACACCACAGAGAAGAAGUAAAUCAGCAGACCUACACAUCUGCACAGGUGGCACACUACAGCGGAUCAGUGAUCUGAGUCAGGACACCCUGACUGUGCCCAACAGCUCUGGCAGCCCAGAACGCCCUUGUGUAGCUUUUUAAUUUGUACGCUUGUUUUAGGAUGCAGCAUUGUUAUCAUACAUUGUUUAACGGUCAGUAUUUUAUAGUUGGACAUUUUAUCAGACUGUCUAAUAAAAAGGGACAUUUUUGCAUGAAAGGAUGAUGCAGAACAGGACCUGCACAUGCCGAACUCUAGAAAAUGUGGGUAAAUAAGGGAUUCUUGUUAACUUGUACAGACGAAAAAUACUGAGUGCUCUUUUAACUGUUCAGGACAGAACCCUAUUGCUGUGGUGCAUAUUCAAACCAUUUGGAUGAAAAAAGGCCUGGAUUAGUGGCAAAAAUCAGACAAAUACUUUUGAGUAAACUCUCAGUAUGGUACCUGCACACUACUGAACGUGUUUAAACUCAACAUGAAGAGGAACUCCACAAGCAUGGACAGCCCAAAUAAACCAUGAAUACUAAGCACAUGGAUAUGUAAGGAAAAGCCACAGUUCACCCUGUUCAUCACAAGUGAAGCUGGUCCACACCAGCCAGUGGUCCUUGCAAUACAUGCAGUCAGUUUUCUUAAUCCUACAAAACAGCAUCAGGUUAAAGCUGGACCUCUGACCUCUGACUGACUGAAUAGUGGAGUCACUGAGAACAUUUGUUCACUAGUUUCAGUAAGCAUCUUAAAUGUGGGCAGGCAACCCAUCCAUAAAGAAUCCGGAAGAGGCAGAUUUGGAGUGGUCUGGUAUACCCAAUUAGUUCUAGUGGUCAAAUGGUGUAAACGUAAUGUUGGCAAAAGGCAUGCUUUUCCAUUUAUUUACAUUUAGUUUUGAGUUUUCUGACAGGUCAAAUAUUUUAAAGCAAGAUUAUAGUCAGUGUUUGUUUUAUUACAAUACUUCUUUUUCUUGUGAGUGUUCAUUCUGAGGUUGCAUUUUUAGCAUGUUGAACUACAUGGCAUUUGCAAUUUAGGUCUAUGGCACAAGUAAAGGUCUAUGGCACAUAUGAAGCCUGCAUAAAAUUAAAAAGGAGACAUUUAGUGAACAAUGCUCCAGUUUGUAAACCUUUUUUCACUUAAUAGAGAAAGAUUUAUUUUUACCAGUAUCGCAAAUACUAUUUUUUCUGGCUUUAUACAUGUCCCCAUCUCAUUGGCUAGGAUUGGCUAAUGAAUCUUUCUCAAAUGGUUCAAAAAUUUACAAUUAAGGGGAUAAACUGUGGUAAUUAUCCAGAAAAACAGCUUUAUGAAUGCAGGUGAAAAGCUAAUGCUUUUUAAAUUUUGCUUUGGUUGCUACACUGACAUAAAAGACUUUUUAAAUGUCCUGUGGACUCUGGUUCGGCAAAAGUUAGACUUGUCUAAAUCAGUACAAUUUAGAAUCAGUUUUAUAUUUAAUUAACUAGGAAAAAUAUGUCAGUUAAUGAAAUCAAGUAAACACUAAAAUAAACCUUUUUGUUACUUGAGGAUUACACCCCAGUAAAAGGGUUGUUGUACCUGAAAUAUAAUUGUGGGCAAUAUAUCCAAAAUCCUGUUUUUGUGCUUUUAAUUACUGUAAUGAUUUAAAGUCGAAAUAAUUUUUUUAUUUGAAUAAUUUUUGCUUGCGCUUGUUUUCAUAUUCACACAACAAAACUGGUGCAGCAGUAAAUUACAAACUCUGAUCACAGUUUAUUGUAAACAACUGUUUAACAGAAAGCAUAUUGCUGUAGUGUGUAAACUUACAUGGCAGACGCCCAUUAGACGUGACCUUAUAACUUGCACUCGGCUUGUUUUAUUAAAGACACUCAUAACUAAAGUAUAAACUCCAAAGAAACCUGACAUUUAAAUUGGCACAGUCACACUACAAAAGGUUUUUUUUAAUCAAACCACAGUACUACAAAAGCUUUGAAGCUGUAAAUGCUAACAAUGGCUUUAUAACAAAGCAUUAAUUUGUUAAUGCUUCCAAAUAAUACAUUUUGGGGAUGUUUGGGUAUUUAGUACAAAUACAAAAAAUUGUAUAUGUAAAUCUGAGGUAAAUGUUUUUAUUGUUUUAUCACCCAGCCCUAAUAUACUGUGUACAGUAGACCCUUGAGUUAUGAACGGUUUACCAUAUGAACAUUUUGGGUUACGAAUGAUCUUUUUUAACUUAACGUACAAACAAAUUUCGGAUUACGAACCGAAAUUUGCGAAACACAUGACGUCACGAACAAGUCGACUCCAACCGUGAGCGGACGGUGUUUUUUAGGUGUAUUCUUUAUAUUUUGUAAAAUUCUAUAUUAAAAUGGCCUCAAAGAAGGUGCAGAGAAAGAGUAGUGGUGAGAAAAUAAAACAAUCUAUUAAUAUUGGUUGUUAUAUAAUUACUGCUGCCAGUAGCCUUCACUGUGUAUCAGACAGAGGGGACAGUUAGUGAGAGAGAAGAAGGAAGUUAUUAUUUCGUGCAAUUGCACCUACAAAAUACAACACUAUUGAAAUAAAGAAGGAAAUAAUAGAGAAAUAUGAGAGUUAUUGUUGUUUGUGGUAGAUACAUUUUAUAUAAAAAAGAAGGAAAUGUAUUAUGGUGUAUGGUACAGCACACGUACUGUACUGAAAUGUGAUGUGUGUUGUUUUAUGUACAGUACAGUACUACUGUGUAUUGUUGUUUAUUAUUGUUUAUUACAGGAAUGUCUAUUCUAUAAUUUAAGAUUUAAUGAAAAAUACACUUGUAUUUAUAACAAAAAACACCAUUUAAGACAUUAGAAAGGUUGGGUAAGGGGGUGAUUUGGGAGGUCUGGCACAAAUUAAUUCUAUUUACAUUAUUUCUUAUGGGAAAAAUAGGUUUAACUAACAAGCAUUUUGACUUAAGAACAGCACUUCGGAACCAAUUAAAUUCAUAAGUCAAGGGUCUACUGUAUAUUUACUAAAGAAACGUUAGUAACAAACUUCAUACUCAUUGAUUUCAUAAAGGUUUCUCAGCCGAAAGAUAAAUACUAAUGGUAAGUCUUUGAGGGUAAUACUCUAGUAACAAAAAGGUACAUUUCAGUGUUUCUUUAGUGUAUAAUGUUUUAAUUUUUUUAACACGGCAUAAAUUACUUAACCCUGUUACUUUAUUCUUUUUUUAACUUAGUAGACUUGCUAAGCUUGUGUAAAACAUGCUGUUUGUUAAUGUAAGUAAAUCUGAUUUUGAUGUGCCCAUGUCUUAACACAAAACAAGCAGGUGAAAAUUUAUCUGAGCAAAAGCAUUUACUUAAAAGCACAAAGUUCAAGAAAUUAAUAAUUGGUACAGUAAAUUUUGCUUUCAUUUAUUUAUUCAUCUUAAAGGUUUUAGAAAACUUUAAGAAGUCCUAGUUACAACCACAGCUACAUGUAUACAAGGUGUUGCUGUGUUCUUCUCACAGCAAGUACAAAAGAAACAAUAGGACAAUCAAUCAGCAGAUAGAACAUUUAGAAUUUAGUUGUGCAGUUUUCCAGGUUAAAAUUAAUAUCAACACUCAUCUUCAUGAUGUGCCUUCAAGCCUAGUUCCAUCCUUCUGGCUGUAGGACCUUACCGAAAUGAACCUUACUAGAGAAAGUUUUAGAUGUUAUGGUUUUGAGAUUAAAGGCAGACAAAAGUGAUCAGUAAAUGCAUUUAAGAGUUUUUGACUGGUGAUUGUGUACAUUUUAAUUGUUCUAUGCAAAGUACAGACAGGGUUAGUUAUACGUGAUACCUGCUUAGAUGUUGUGAAAGGUUUGUGCACUGUUUUGGCUGAAAGACAAGUGUUACAGGUGUAAAGAUAUUAAAAACAACAAAGCAAGAA